GGAAAAAAUUGUUCGUCCUCACGAGCUCCUUCUCUCGGCGCCAAAACAUGAAGCUCCCUGCUCGUCUUCGUCUUCCAAACGUUCGCCUGAAAGCCAGGCUCACCAUAUACGUCGCAAUUUGCUGUUCACUGAUCUUGUUUCUAUUCUUCCUCGAAAAAAAAACGACAUCCAAGGCGGACAGACUUCAAGCGGAGUACAGCACAGGCAAAACUCCCCUUGACGAUCUUCGACCUGCUUCACGUUCGGUGCUGUUUCCGGAAGAGGAAAUCGCGAGGAUGAGAGUCACUCAGUACGAAGAUCCUUUGAGAAAACAUUGGGAAGGUCCUGGUGCUGAGCACAUAGAACUUUUUCACUCAAUUUUGAGUGCGAACCCUGGCGGUCUGUAUCUUGAUGUAGGUGCAAACGAAGGUGUACUGAUGAGAUUAGCUGCCAUGAUGGGGCAUCCCACGAUUGGCGUCGAGGCUAUAGCUCAAAACUACGUGAGCCUCCUAAAUAUGAUUGAAGAGAAGCAAUAUGCCGCCAAUGUUCGGGUUGUUCACGCGGCUGCAUCGGACCGCUCUGGCGCCUUAGUCGCCUUCAAAGAAAACUUGAACCCGGCAUCAAAACAAAGAAACGGGCAGCAACUCAUUAGAAGCUCUGUCGAUGGUUUAGAUAAACCUGGCAUUCAAUACACAACCACAGUCGUCGUGGAUGAUAUUUUGGAUUAUUCUAUUGCCUUGAUGAAACUUGAUUGCGAAGGCACCGAAUUUCUCGCUUUGAUGGGCUCGCGGCACCUGUUCCUGCACAGGAAAGUUAAGUAUGUGCAUUUUGAGUUUUCCCCUGGUAACAUGGCUGCACUCUCAGGAAAACAUUCCCCAAAAGCAAUGCUUAACUUUUUGUUAGACAGCGGUCACAGGCUCUUCAUUGAAGAUUGCAGCCAUGACAUAUCCGACCAAGUCAUAGAUCUACUCCCAAGUCGCUGUGCAAAGCAGACAGACACACACUACUUCUUGAAGUUUAGGAAUGCUGAUCUGGUUGCUCUCAGAGAAUACGAAAUUACCUUAGAAAAACUUGAUAUAUUUGUUGAUACUCUUCUGGAACACUCACAUCAGGGCAGCAUGCUUGUUAACAUGCUCAGCAUGCUCCUGUAAUUGUAUUUGCAAUUGGAAAGAUGAUGUAAAGCAGAACUUCAUAUGAUUGCGAAUUUUGCAAAGCAGGGUGUGACGGGGGUCAAAUAAUGUUCUGAACGGGUCAAAUGUUACAUAUCUUC